GUGUGCGCUCUUCCAUUCCAUUCGCCUCUCCUUCCCAUCACGUUCCUCCUCCCCCCCCCCUCACCAGUUCAAACCCCCCAAAGAACGUCAACAUUUUCGCAGAAAAAUAGGUUGUCGCUCGCCACGCAUGUUGAGGGGCCCCCGCCCGCGAAUUCCCCACGCACUCCACUCAGCAGUCCCAAAACAUAUAUAUCCAUUCCUUAAGCAUGUUGGUAUGCACCGUUCUUUGGCCUGCAUAUAUGGCCAAUCAGUCUCCCAGUGAGUCCCAACCAAACCCAUCACCGCCACCAGCCCCGGCCCCGGCCGCGGCCCCGGUAAUCCAAAUCCCUGACCAACCGCCGCAUAAUUCGCCGUAUCCUUCUUCUUCUUCUUCUUCGGCCACCGGUGGUCCAGGCGGUUCCUCGCCUAGACCCAUGCUUUCUCCGAGGGGGGCGUCGCCGGGUCAAUCCACGGGGAGGCACCCGUGUUACCGUGGAGUCCGGUCUCGCAGCGGGAAAUGGGUCUCCGAGAUCCGCGAGCCCCGCAAGACCACCCGCAUUUGGCUCGGAACGUAUCCGAAUCCCGAGAUGGCGGCCGCCGCCUAUGAUGUGGCUGCGCUCGCUCUGAAGGGCUCUGACGCUGCGCUGAAUUUCCCGGACGAAGUUCCCAGAUACCCGGUCCCGAGUUCCGCAUCGGCAGCCGAUAUACGCUCGGCAGCAGCUACUGCGGCAGCAUCUAGGGGACCGAGAAGGGAAGCCGAGGGGAAGGAGGAUCCGGUUAGUCGGCCCGAGAUUGCCGACGAGACUGGCGAAGAGACGGGUCAGGAGUUUAUGGAUGAAGACGCGCUUCUGAACAUGCCCAAACUGCUAGACGACAUGGCGGAAGGAAUGCUCGUGAGCCCACCGAGGAUGAAGAUGGGCUCAGAGAACGACUCGCCAGAGGAUUCAGAUGGUGGAGAGAGCCUGUGGAGUUAUCCCUAAUUUUAAAAGGUGAGAUGAUCAGGGCUUGAUCAAUUAGAAUAGUCCUCAUUGUAGACUUAUACGAAUUUGAUAUCCAUUGUCUAUGAUCGUCAUGAUUGAUCGUAUCCCAGUGAUUUCAUUAGGAAUAGAUAUACUUGGAGUGUGGUUUUUUGAGUUUUUUUGGCCCCAUAGAAUGUAGCUUCCGGGUGGGUGUGAGAGUCUCUGGUGAGGGUUUUGCUCGCAGCUUUUAUGUUUGGGGUUGUUUUCGAUUGUACGUAGCUGUAUAUGGUAUGUAUACACACUGUCUCUUUAUAUCAUAGAUUGGUUGAACAACA